CGGAGGUCUCGGGCCGGGGAGAGGCCGAGUGCCGCGGGGCGGGGUCCGGUCACCCAAUCGGCGGGCGGCCGGAGGUCUCGGACGCUCUCAGGUGAAGUCCUGCCCCGGCUGGGCUGGGAGGGCGCGCACCGGGCAGCCAGCCGUCCCUGCCCGCCUCUGCUUCAGUCUCCGCGUCCGUCCGAGAUGGAAGUGUGGAUUCCUGGUGCCUGAGUGCCUGACGUGGCGUCUGGACGGUGCUGCUCAAGUAGAAGCGCUGGAGGCGAAGCGUAGCUUGAAGUCAAUGGCCCAAAAUGACUCUGCUAGAGGAGACUCACUUCCGUAAGGAGGAAGAGCAGGUUGGAGGCUGGGAUGAGCAUGCCACUGCACCAGAUCUCUGCCAUCCCUUCUCAGGAUGCCAUUUCUGCUAGAGUCUACAGAAGCAAGACCAAAGAGAAGGAGCAGAAUGAGAAGACUUUGGGACAUUCCAUGAGUCAUCCAAGCAACAUUUCUAAGGCUGGGAGUAGUCCUCCAUCCACGACAGCUCCAGUGUCUGCCUUCUCUCGAACUUCUGUCACACCAUCCAACCAGGACAUCUGCAGUUCCAGUGCAGUGUUUUCUGAGUGUUGUCACUACAGUCCCGUGCAGUCUGCUGUUGUCUUGAAAGCUCCUCCAUGCCAGAGUUCUCUGACACAAGGGUUCACUGUGACAGUUAUAUGUAAAGACACAUUACAGGCAUCAAAGAAAAAUCCCUUUGGUUCAGACUGGGAGCAAGUCUUGACGCCCGCUAAAAAUACUAAGACCAGAAGAGCACUCAGAUUCUCAAAGUCACUAAGUGAUGUGGGUGAGAAGACCCAGGAGACUUUGGAAAGCUUUGACUAUAUGGAAAGAACUUGUUCUGAAGGGAAAUUGGCACUUCCUCAAGGUUCAUCUCUCAAAAAGAACAGGCUCCAUCAUAAAGAAAAAAGAGCAGAGCACUGCCCACCCCUCAGCCAUUCCAAACACUCUCCUAUCUUAUCCCUUUCUACCAACCAUUCAGCUGUCUCAAAGAGGGAAGCUGGCAAGGGAAGCGUGCGCAUCCCACUUUUGGAGGAGAAAGCUGAUGGCGAGGCCAGGUUGAGAAGCCAGCGACUACUCCGGUACCUGUUCUCACUCUCCCGUGGCUCAAGUGCCAGCAGCCUCCAUAGGUUCCAUGAGCUGGAGAGCCAUGCCAGCCAUCUGCAUACUGCCAAGUCCUCCAGCUGGCUGGCAGGGAGCAUGGACUUCUGUUCUGAUGAAAUGGGAGAUGACGACGUCUUUGAGGAUACAUCAUCUGCCAAAUUGAAGAACAGGGUCCUGCGUGCACCCCUCUGCUCAGUAGAGAAGGACAGUGACCUGGAUUGUCCUUCUCUGCUCUCAGAAAAAUGCACUGCCGUCUCUCCUGUGUCCACUUCAGGGGAUGCCUGCAGGAUCUGCCACUGUGAAGGGGAUGACGAGAGCCCUCUGAUCACCCCCUGUCACUGUACAGGAAGCCUCCACUUCGUGCAUCAGGCUUGCCUGCAGCAGUGGAUCAAGAGUUCUGACACACGCUGCUGUGAACUCUGCAAGUACGAGUUCAUCAUGGAGACCAAGCUGAAACCUUUGAGGAAAUGGGAGAAGUUGCAGAUGACUGCCAGUGAGCGCAGGAAGAUCAUGUGCUCAGUGACCUUCCAUGUCAUUGCUAUCACCUGUGUGGUCUGGUCCUUGUAUGUGCUCAUUGACCGCACAGCAGAGGAGAUCAAGCAGGGUCAGGUAACAGGAAUCCUAGAGUGGCCUUUCUGGACGAAGCUGGUAGUUGUGGCCAUCGGCUUUACUGGAGGACUUCUCUUUAUGUAUGUUCAGUGCAAGGUGUACCUACAAUUAUGGAAAAGACUCAAGGCUUACAAUAGAGUGAUCUAUGUUCAAAACUGUCCAGAAACAAGUAAAAAGAAUAUUUUUGAAAAGUCUGCACUUACAGAGCCCACCGUUGAAAAUAAAGAAGGACAUAGAAUGUGUCAUUCCACCACAAAUUCUUCUUGCACAGAGCCUGAAGACACCGGAGCAGAAAUUAUUAACGUCUGACCACGUGAGGUGUCAUUUCCUUGAUGUCCACCAACAGCUGAAGGAAUCUGUUUACUGCCAGUUGUGUUCCUUCUUUCUGUCGUUUGAUAGCAGAGACUGGGCAGGUGACUAUUUAUAGUGGCCUCUCCUUUUCUCAACCCUCCUUGGUGUGAAUGUCCUAGAAUUCUUGUGGGGCAGGUACCACUGGGUCCCAUUCUGCCAGGCUUCUCUGUGGUCUGGGAGACCCCAUGUAUCCGUGACGAGGCGCUGGCUGAGUUCCAGCCCCUGGUCUUGAGCAGAUUAUGGAAGUAAAAAGCUAAAGCAGAAGACAGAGCAGCAUGGGGAGGGGAGGUAGGUGACAGAGGGUCCCCAGAGGACAGAGCAGCAUGGUGUGGGAGGGCUGCUGCUGCUGGGAGGGGUCCCUCACACUAAUGAGAGCUAGGAGUGGCAAGGGAGCUGUGCCUCCAUACAGCAGCCUUGGAGCCCCUGCCUCGCUCAGCUGAUGCUGCCACCUUGCUUGGGGGCAGACAAGGCCUUGGGCUGUGUCUGCUGGUGUGUGACUCACUGAGCAAACAGCACUUUAUGAGAGUUUUUAUUUUGGAAUCCCUGUGUCUAAUGGGAGUGACACGUUUAAACGCGUGUCACAUUUAGAAAUGUUCUCUUUAUUGCCUGUUAUCUCUCUGCAUCAAAAUCGAACUGAAACCAUUUCUGCCUUAUAUAUUCUGAGUAGUAGAUGUCCUUCCAUGUCCAGAAAAAGACUUCAGACUUUAAGCAAGACAGACACGUCUGAGACUCCAUGGGAAUUAAUGGACGCUAAGAGUGUAAUUCCUCUGGUUUUGAGCCUGUUUCCUGAAAAGUCCUAUCUCACAAGCCCACUCAUACAUUUCUGUGUUGUGAGCAUUGAAAUGGAAGGUUUUGAGAUCUAAUGGAUCUGAAUCAGAGUGAGCAUUUAGAAAAUGUUCCUUUGACUGACAGAUGUCUCUAGAUGGAGUGGACACACAUUGGGGACACCCCUAUGAUCCACCUCUGCUGUCCCCUGUACUGACAAAAUUCUGUGGAGUCACUGCUGAGGGCUGGGAGGUCAACAUUCGAGCUCUGGGAUGAGGCCUUGGGUGAGCAGUCAGCUAACUGCAUCGCCACUGUGUCACUGACCUGGCCUCACACCCACUUACGCCUUAAGCAGACUUGACAGGAUCACUAGGGUCUUUAGCUCCAAUGUGAUCUAUCUGUCUUGGGGUUACCUCCUGCACAAUUUUUCACAAGACAGACAAAACCAAAUCACUACUGCUAAAUGACCAUUGCCCCUUUAAAAAGCCUGUUGAACAUUUUUUUCUUGAAGGCCAUUGUUACAGUGCCAGGCAAUAGUCAACUUACAAUGUGACAAGAGAAACCACAGAAGUGUACUACUCUCCAAGUGGCUGCUGUCGGCUACAGGGUCUUCAGAUUCUCCUGAGGUGUCCAGGGCAAUGCCUAGGGUCUUGUCCAUCUCCCUGAGCUUUGGCUGCUUCACCUGUCUUCUUCAGAGACUGAGGCAACCCGAAGAUGAAUCUUUUGUAGUUCCUAGUAGAAGCCCCAUGCUUAGUUUUCAGAAGCAGGUGGAGGCUAGAAGGCUUGUGGAAGCGAGUUCUGUCCUGUUAUCCCCUUGUCUAUUUCCUGGAGUCAUGGAGUUCAGUUGUGGAGCUGUUCUGCCAGGGCUUUCAGCCAUUAUGGGCCCACCCCUUAGGUCAGCCUGCCCUCUCUCUCCCGGACCACAUAAGCCUCCCUGUGCUCACUGUGCCCCAAAGUGCAAUUACUCACACUCAGUGAGGACACCAGGCAGCUACAGACUGCCUACUAAGCCCUGACUAUUCCUUUUAGCAGCUGCUGCCGCUGAGUCUCUGACCCUGCCCAUCUGUCUGUGACAUGAUGUUCCAACAGUGGGUGGGCAGUCACAUGAAGAUGGAGGCAUUUGUAGAGAAGAAAGUGUCCCUCAAUGGGGGUUGUCUCUGCACAGCUGCCCUAGGGGGCUUGUACUCCCACAUAGAUAAGGUGGCUUUGGAAGCAUGGCUUUCAUGUUGUUCCCUUUAUUUCAGGAAUGCCUGAUGCUGUCUCUUCUCUGACUUCUCUGAUGAACUCUGUCCUUCAUCCUUCCCCUGCCAGCCACCCCUUGCUCGUUUUCCCUGAAGGUUCUCUGAUCUAGUGAACAACUCCACAUUGUGACUCAGUGCAGGAGACUGGCAAGGCAUGGCUGCAAAGCAUCUGGCAGAGCCCUGGGUCUGUCCAGUCUCUCCUCAUCCUCGCCUCCUUGGCCUCUGAGUAACUUUGCAGGGCUAUCUGUCUACCCCUUUGUUCCUCACUUCCAGCUUAGAUGUAGUGGGAAGAUGGCGUGUAGCUGGACCAAGUAGAUCUAGGAUGAGGGAGGCCUCAGGCCAGGAGGGCUUGUGCUUGUGAGUCGAAUGAAGAAGGAAGUCGCCUCGGGGUGUCACUGGCAGCCCUCUAACUUGGCCUUUACCCCGUAUGUCAUAGACCCAUUCGCACAGCUUUGACCUUAGCUGCCACAAGUGAGUAGUUGGGGGGUUACGCUCAAGGGUAUCACAAGAUUUUCCUGGAAAUGUAAACAUUCUCUUAGUCUAGGUCUCUCUGUCUCUCCUUUCUGGCUUCAGGACACUCUUCGUCACGUAGGCUUAGUUUCCAAACCUGUGGGUAUGUCCAAGUGGACACAGAUGUGCAGGCUCAGGCAGUGGGGAUAGAACAGUUCAAGGCCUGGGGUAGUAUCUAAGUGUCACAGGGGAAAGGCUAUGUGGGCAGGGUGAAGAGCUGUAAUCUUGUGGGUGUGGUUAGAUGCACAUGCAUAUAUUUCAUUCUACCUGUUGAAACCUGGUUUGGAAUAAUGCAGCUUAUAGCUGCAGCUCAAGGAAAGCCCAAAGCAUAGGGAGAGAAAAGGCACUUGUCUCUGGGUCGGGAGUGAGUAAUGAAGGUGUGUAACUGGUGCACAUUUAGAUGCAAUGUUUCAAGUUGAUUGUUAAUAAAAACCAAAUUUACACUGGUGUGUGUAGUGUAGUUUCUAAAAAGCACUUCACAUUUUAAAUUUUUUCUUGGAAAAUUUCUAGUAAUCUAAAUGUCUAAUUUUUUAAUCUUUUUGUGUAUGUUCAUUGUUUCUCAGUAUUACUGCUUGAAUAAUUCUCUGUACAGGGGAUUUGUUUGUGCUAUACACGGGGUGUCUGAAGGUAGCAAUAAAGCCUUUCUUUACAAAG